CCCCCAUGCCUCCCACAGUGCGGUCGUCCAGCCCAGACCACCCUCGACUCACUGGACUGGGGGAGAUUGAGUGAAGAUGGGGAGAGAGCUGGGGAGGAGAGAAUAGCUGUUUUGGAAUUUGAGCUGAGGAAGGCCAAGGAGACUAUACAAGGUCUUCGAGCUACCCUUACUACUGCCACAGAGCGACAGUUGACAACAACGACCACUGCCAGUCUAGCGCCCACCCCACCCCGUGGCUGGCAGGGGGCGGCUCUGGGGGGCGGGGCAGCAGGCCGGGGGAAGCGGGGGGAGGGGCGAGAGGUCCACCCCCGCCCCCCAUGAGAGAAGGAUGCUUAAUUUCUUGGUCAAUGAAUACCUCUCAUCUGCUUCCUACAAAUUGACAGCCAUUACCUUUGCGGAUGAGAAUGAUGAACAGGACUUUGAAUCUUGGGACAACGUAGGAAUCAACACCAGUCGCCCGCCAAGCUUGGUUCAACUGUUACGAAGAGGGUGGUGGAGGUGGUGGCGGUGGUGGCGGUGUUGGCAGCCCCCUCGACCCCAGCCACAGCACCACCACCACCGCGACACAGACUGUGGAGGCGGUGGAGGAGGUGGAGAGGUUGAGAAUAUUGGUGGAGGCACAGGAGAGAGAGCUCGAGAAACUGCGACACCAACUCACCACCACCCCCACAGCCACCGCAAGCACCCCAGCCGACAGAACGCAGGGGGAGGGGCAGCCGGCCCACCACCCAGAGCCCAACCAGCGUAGGGAGCCAAGUGGACACAGGUCGCGAGAGUCCAGAGGGAACGUCAGACAGCGAAGGGGCUGGUGGGGGGGGCAGCAGCGGUACAGGGGUGUCAGGAUUCGUAAUGGUUGCCCCGCCAGGCAGCCCCCACAGAGGAGGAAGCCCCAGAAUGCAGCCCCGAGGAGUCUGUCGAUGAUUUGCUGGCUGACGGUGCUGACGUGGGUGCUGACAGGGCCCAGAUCACCCCAGAUGACUCAAUAAGCGAUCAUUUAACUCAAAUAUUAGAGCCCCAGGGGGUGUCCGAGGUGGGGCAGGGGCCUGAGGGGGUGUCAGUGGAGUCCCCCAUCCCUGCGCCGUCCCCCGCCAAGCCCCCAGGUCAGCAGGGGGGCGGGGAGCUGGCUGGGCAGUGUCUGGACAGCAUGGUGGCUGAGGCUAGGAGGCUUCUAAGGACAAGCUCAAAGAGGAACACCCCUGCGGCCCUGGAGGAGCGAGUGCUGCAGGCGGGACUGAGGACGGCGGCAGGGCGGGGCGGGGCAAUGGUGGUGGAGGCGCUGGGUGGCUGGGGCGGGGGUGGACUUGGCGGGGGUGGUGGCCAGGACCCUGCCACGCAUUGCGCCCAACGUUAUACUGGCCAAGAGACAGGAGGUGGUGGCGCUGGUGGUGGCUGGGGCGGGGCAGGCGGGGGAGGCACAGCGGGAGGCGCUGGGUGGCACUGCUGUUCGGGCUGCUGCGGCGGCCUGACGAGGAGCAGCGGGGCGCGGUGCUGGCGGGGCUGGCGGCGCUGGCGCGGGUGCUGGGGCCCUCCCCGCCUGGAGGGUGAGCUGCUGCCUCACGUGUGGGGCCAGCUGGCGCACCGCCGGCCUGAGAGGCGCCUGCUGGUAGCGGAGGCCGUGGGGUGCCUGGCGCCGCACACACCCGCGGCGCUGCGGGACUCCCUGCUGCUGUCCGUGCUGCUGCAGAUGCUGGGGGGCGGCGCGGCGGGGGGAGAGCGUGACCCGCUGGUGCGUGAGGCUGCGCUGACCAGCCCUGGCGGUGGUGGCGGCCUUCCUGCAGGACUUGGACAAGCUGCCGCUGCUGCUGGACGCCGCCCUGCACAGCCUGGCCGCGCCGCGCCCCACCCCCGCCCCUGCGCCGCAGCCCACCGCCCCCUCCCCCGGCCUGCUGCUGCUGCUGGGGGCGCUGGGGGCCUGGGCUACGGAGGCGGGGCGGCUGCCGACCCUGCUGGACGCCCUGCUGGGGCUGCUGGAGGGGCAGGUGGCCGGGGCGGGGCAGGGCGGGGCAGACGUGGCCUGCACGGUGCGGGCGGUGGCUGAGGUGCUGCCUCACCUGCUGGUGGGCUUGCUGGCCUCCGUCCCGCCCGGCUCCGAGGCAGGCCAGGAGGACGCCAGCCCUGACUCGCCCCUGGCAGCCCCGCCCCUGGACACCCUGCCGCCGUGCCCCGCACUGGUGGCGCUGGAGGAGCUGUGGGGCGGCCCCCGGCAGUGCGGGGGCGGCGCUGGCCGGCCUGCACGCCGUGCUGGGGCGGGAGUGGCUGCCGCCGUGGCCGCUGCUGGAGCACGUGCGGGGCGCGGUGCUGCCCCGCCUGUGUGGGGCGCUGGCGGGGCUGCAGGCGUGGCCGGGGCCAGCGCUGGACGCCUUCCUGUGGGUGUUCUCUCAGCUGCCGGCCUGCCUGGGCCCCGCGCUCACCGCCAACACCCUCAUCCCGCUCUUCCUGGCACACCUGGACGGGGCGGACCCCGAGGCGGUGCGGGGCGGCCACACGGGGCCUGACGGGGCCCGUGUCGGUGGUGUACGUGGCGGCCGUGCUGGGGCGCGGCGGGGCUGGGGCGCCGGGGGAGGUGGAGGGCUUCCUGGCGCGACAGAUCAGCAUCCUGGGGCUGUGCGGGGCGCCGCUGCACGCGCCGCUGCUGUGUGUGGCCACACUGAUGGCCGUGCCGCGCCACACAGAGGCCGUGCUGGGGGCGCUGUGGGGCGCUGUGGUGCACCGCGCCCCCGCAGUGCGUGCCGCCGCCGCCACACUGUGGGGCGCCGCCGUGGGAGGCGUGCCGGACGCCGCGCUGGGCGCCAGGCUGGUGCCGGCACUCGUCACCCUCGCCUCAGACCAGGACGUCAGGGUGAAGGCCGCCACCCUCACCCCCCUCGCCACCACCCUCACCGCAACCACCGCCCCGGAGGUGGUGGACAAGGUGUGGCUGCAGCUGGAGACUCUAGCAGACGACAGCAGCGUGUGUGACCAGAAGGAGUUCCAGCUGGCCCUGGCACACACCUGCACUCACCUGGCGCACACUGCUCACCCACGCCUCAUCCACCAGUUUCUCCUGCCCCGUAUGUGCCACAUAGCCACGGGUGGGGGGCCAGGGAGCAGCGGGGGCCCUGGGGUGGGGGAGGAGGUGGGGGCAGCCCUGCUAGAAGCUUAUUCGGCCCUCACCUGCUGUCUGCUGCCCGAUCAUGUCAUUGCACACCUGGUCCUGCCCCCUCUUAUGCAGCUGCAGAAGUGGCUUGGUGGAAGUUCAUUUAACCACAUGGAGACAAUCACAGAUCUUAUAAGGGAAUAUUCGCUAAGGACGGAAUCUGCUGCCGCUGCUGUGCCCGAGAGGCAAGACAACCCAAAGGAGAUGGAGAGAGAGAGAGAAACAAACAAACAAACAAACAAACAUUAAUUAACAUUCACGCAAGACCUCUCUCUCUCUAAGUGGAGGCCUCCCCACCCCCCCCGAAUGUGGAGGAGGUGAGGACUAAGGUAAGCAAAAUGUUCUCCACUCGUCCCUCCUCCUCCUUUCCUCCUCCUCCUCCACCUCCUCCACCUCCUCCUCCUCCACUAGCCUCCACGCACGGGCACAGGCCAUCAACGCCUCUCUCCCAGGGGUUCCUGAAGAAGAAGUGAGGAGGAGGAGGAGGAGGAGGAGAGGAGGAGGUGGAUCUAAGUGCCUGUGGGUGGAAGAGGAGGAGAAUGAAGAUGACAAGAGGAAGGAAGGAGGGAAGGAAGAAGAGGAAGAAGAAGAGGAGGAGAGGGUUUAAGUGCCUACAGUGGAAGAAGAGGAAGAGGAGGAGGAGGAGGAGGAAGAUUAAGUGCCUGUAGAGGAAGAGAGGAGGAAGAAGAGGACCAGAUGAAGAGGAAGAAGAGGAGGAAGAAGAGGAAGAGAGGAAGAAUUAGUGCCUGCUGAGGAAGAAGAGGAGGAGGAGGAGGAGGAGGAGGAAGAAAGACAAUUAUAAAUAUAUUUUGAGAGAAAUAAUGAUAAUAAUAAUAAUAAUAAUAAUAAUAAUAAUAAUAAUAAUAAUAAUAAUAAUUCAAUAACAUUCCUUUAGCUUUUAAAAAUAAAUAUAAACUGUUAUUAUUAUGAUUAUUAUUAUUAUUAUUAUUAUUAUUAUUAUUAUUAUAUAUUUGGUUGUUUCAAAUUACUGUAAAUAUUUUGUUGUGUCAUUCCUUUAAGCAAUUACUGAGUUAAAAGAAAAUAAUUAUAUAUAGAUUUUUGGUAAUGAAUUUGUGAUAUUUUUCAUUAUUAGGAUUAAGAAAAGGAAUUUAUUUUGUGUAUAUUGAAGGUUUUGGUGUAAUUAUUAUUAUUAUUAUUAUUAUUAUUAUUAUUAUUAUUAUUAUUAUUAUUGUUGUUGUUGUUGUUUUGUUUUUAUAUUGUUCUUUCUAUUCUUUUCUUCAUCCUCCUCCUCCUCUUCUUCUUCUUCUUCUUCUUCUUCUUCUUCUUCUUCUUCUUCUCUCUCUUUCUCUUCCUCUUCCCCUUUUUUUUCUUCCUCCUCCUCCUCUUCCUCCUUUUUCUUCUCUCCUAUCUCUCUCUCUCUCAUCUCUUCCUCCUCCUCUGUUCCUCUUUCUCCUCCUCCUCUUCCUGUUCCUCUUCCUCCUCCUCCUCCUCUUCUGUUCCUCUUCCUCCUCCUCCUCUACUGUUCUGCUUUCUCCUCCUCCUCUUUCAUCUCUUCCUUUUCCUCCUCCUCCUCCUCUUUCAUCUCUUCCUUUUCCUCCUCCUCCUCCUCUUUCAUCUCUUCCUUUUCCUCCUCCUCCUCCUCUUUCAUCUCUUCCUUUUCCUCCUCCUCCUCCUCUUUCAUCUCUUCAUUUUCCUCCUCCUCCUCCUCUUUCAUCUCUUCCUCCUUCCUUCCCCUUUCCUCUCUAUCUCUCUGUUCCUCCUCCUCCUCCUCCUCCUCCUC